CGAGCCAGAUUAGCGAAGGCUACGGCGGUUCUCUUACCAUGGGGCUGUGCGAAGGCUUCGUCAAAGGUGGCUACUGGUUCGGUUGUAACAUUCUGUGGCAGGCAGCGGAGUCAGAGCGCCACUUAGGUUGGGACAAAUUUAGUGGCGGGAAACAAGGAAUAAUGCGCCUCGAGGACGCGCGAAUCAAACAUCAGCGGCGGAAGACGCCUCGAGGAUGUCUCCCGCGAAGCUGCCUUAUCCUUUCACUCCGCCGAUUCCCUCUGGCGUGGCGUGACAACGCAGCAGCCAGCGAGGCUCGCAAUUUGAAACCCCAAUCCCAGGGGAGCAGAGGGUCUCAGCUCAGGCUGAGGCUGAGAUUCGAGCCGAUCAGUUUCCGGUAGUUUCUCAUCGAGUCUGCGGCAAAGUGAAACGAAUUUCUGCCUUUAGAACACUAGCGGGACUUCCUUUGCAAUACCAGCAUGGAUUCAAAUGCGGAAACCACUCCUCGUGAAGUGGCGAAGAUCGACAACACCGCGUCAACGAGAACCAGCUCUCCGAGCAGGAUUAGAGGCAUAGGCAGAUUUGGCACGCCUAACACGGUGAUCUCUUACGGAUCGCAUGGCGUCGCCAAGUCAGCUUCCGACCCUGACUCUCUUCUUCCGGUUAGCAACAACAAGGCUAUCAGCGACACAUGCAGCAGUGAGCCUGUCAGUAGUAACUGCUGCAGCAGCGUGAGCGGUAUCGUGUCUCUGAAGAGCGUGAGGCCUCUGCUGGAGACUCUGGUUAAGCAGAAGGCGGAGUCAGCCGUAUUUUCCGCUGCAGCCGCCAGCAGAGGCAUUGGAAGAUUCGGCAAGCCUGUCCACGUGGCGUCUUUUAGGUCACGCCGUGCCAACAGGCCCUUCUGCUUCAAGCCGCCUCAGUCUCACGUGCAUGCUGACAGCAAGGCGCCGUCCAACGACGACUGUUGCAACAGCGUUGUAUUUAAGAGCAUGAGACCGCUGCUGGCGAAUCUGGCGAAAGAGAAGGAGACGUCUUCCCAAGUCUUGUGUAUUGGCAAUCAGACUCUGAAAGCGAAGAAGGUGCAGCAGAGCAAUGCAUCGGUGGACGUGAAGAGGCGUGGAAUCGGCCGUUUCAGAAGGGAAGUUUCUGCUUGUCAGGCUGCUAAUGCGUCCCCUUCUCCGUGCACAUCACGUGCUGCGUUACCAGCGGUUGCAACUACAACGAAGGUGACUCAAGCGGGCGUGCCUCCUCCAGCGGCUGCAGUAGCAUUGGUAGCAGGUGCCAGUGCGUCAGUGUUGACCCCAGCUGCUGGGGCCGACCAUGUGGUGCACAAGGAAGAGGUGCCUGGCACCAACUCAAGCAGAACCUCUGGCAACAACCCUAGCAGCAACCCUGGCAACAGCAGCAGCAGCAGAAGCAAGGAGCGUGUGCGUCUCCUAAGGAGUAUGCGGUCCAUGGUGCGGGAUCUGGUGAAGGAGAGAGCAGAGGUGAGGGGGAGGGAAGGAGAACCUGCCAAUCGUGUGGCUGACAGUCACCGAUCCACCAGGCGUCGUCUCAAGCAAGUCCUGAUGCAGCUGGCCGUGCAACGUGUGGAAGCCAGCCGUUCUUGUGAGGUGAAUGGGACGGAGGUCGGCUAGAGUGGAGGAGGGGGGCUUACUACCACAGCAAGCAGGUUCCACGCAGGUUGAGGUCGGAGUAGCUCAUGGGAGGGAGGGAAGAAGCAGGUAGGUGCGCGAGGAUUGGCCAGUCAGUACCCAGAAGCCAGUGAUAUUAGCGGAUUGGGGGAAGCAGCAGGUGGAAAGGAGGGAGUUUCCUGCCAGUGAGAUUCCAGUCAGGGAGUUCCCAGUGGUGGCGUUUUGAGUGCAUGAGGGACAAUUGAGGUGGCUGGUGAAGCAGCAGGGAGCAGGGAAGAUCCUCUUACGUUACGAGGACCGCUUCGGGGUAACCUUAUUGGGUGCAAGCAUGGCCAUACCAUAUCGCGUGUCAGCAGUUGUAUGCUGGCAUGGCAUGGCAAGUGAUGGAGUUGUUCGUUUUCAGGCAAGCCUGGUGCAGCAACCACAGCAAGGGGUCAUCGUCUUGGGUUGAUUCUGUUGGCACUUUGGUGUCUCGGUGGUACAUCGUUCACUGGUGCUUGACUGGUUGCAAAGCCCUAGAUGACCAUGGUUGGUGUGCCUCGUCCCAAGUGUGUAGUGUACA